AUGGGUGGAAGUCUCACGGUGGUUUCCCCUGCAACCAGUGGUAGGGCCACGAGCUAUGCUGGUCUCCCAAACGCGGGUGACAUCCCCGCCACGCACCGGGGUGAAGGCACUCACCAAGGCAUAGAAGCAAGCGAUCAGUCUCAGCAAGCGUUCAUUUCACAGCAGUACCGCCGUCACCAAGCUACACUGGCAGUCCGCCACAAGCUACUGACUUAUCAUCGCGAGGCUGCGCGAGCUGGACUGGACGUUCGACUUGCUGAGUAUGGUCUAUCGCUAUCUCACCCGAGGUCACAAGACCCGGCCGGGCAGAAUUCCACCCCGUAUUCACUCGACCGCAAGAAACAGCAGGUCUACAGUGACUUCAUUCGACGGUCGGGUAUGGGCCUGCCCGAGUUUGUACGUCUUCUCCGUGGUGAAACAACAUCAGAUCCGCGCCCCAACAAAGCGUUGGAGAUCCCAUCCCAUUUACCAAGCUGGGCUACGUACGCCUACCACCGCCAAUGGGAGCAGGUCGUCCACCGUGGUGUUGUUCCGGGGUGGAAAACCGAGUUUGAAUCCCAGACAACAGCUCCAUCGAAUCACGCAUCGAUGUCGGAGGCGCUGAACUCGACUGUGAAAAACAUUCGUAAUGGUCAGGACAAAAACCAGUAUCUUGUGCUCGACAUCGACCUCCUCAGCAUAUUGUCCGGGAUCACAUGCAGCCCCUUUGGCGCGACAGAGAAAGGAGGGCUGCCUCUUUCCGAAGAUGCACGAUCUGUCAUACCCCAAGGGAGCGUCCGUCAAUGA